AUGUAGUCCUGCAGCCACGUGGCGCUGGUGACCGGCGCCAACAAGGGCAUCGGCUUCGCCAUCGCGCGCGACCUGUGCCGUCAGUUCUCCGGGGACGUGGUGCUCACGGCGCGGGACGCGGCGCGGGGCCAGGCGGCCGUGCAGCAGCUGCAGGCCGAGGGCCUGAGCCCGCGCUUCCACCAGCUGGACAUCGACGACCUGCAGAGCAUCCGCGCCCUGCGCGACUUCCUGCGCAGGGAGUACGGGGGGCUCAACGUGUUGGUCAACAACGCGGGCAUCGCCUUCCAAAAUGCUGAUACUGCACCCUUCCAUAUUCAAGCAGAAGUGACCAUGAAAACAAACUUUUUUGGUACCAGAGAUGUCUGCACAGAGUUACUCCCUCUGAUAAAACCCCAAGGGAGAGUGGUGAAUGUGUCUAGCAGGAUGUCUUUUAAAGCCCUUAAAAACUGCAGCCCAGAGCUGCAGCAGAAGUUCCGCAGCGAGACCAUCACGGAGGAGGAACUGGUGGGGCUCAUGAACAAGUUUGUGGAAGACACCAAGAAGGAAGUGCACCAGAAAGAGGGCUGGGCCACCAACGCAUAUGGAGUUUCAAAGAUUGGCGUCACAGUCCUGUCAAGAAUCCAGGCCAGGAAACUCAGUGAGCAGAGGAAAGGAGACAAAAUCCUCCUGAAUGCCUGCUGCCCAGGCUGGGUUAGAACCGACAUGGCAGGACCCAAGGCCACGAAAAGUCCAGAAGAAGGAGCAGAGACCCCGGUGUACCUGGCCCUUUUGCCCCCGGAUGCUGAGGGGCCUCAUGGACAGUUCGUAUCAGAAAAAAAUGUUGAGCAGUGGUGAGCUGGACUCUCUGCUCCAUCUGUGGAACCCGUUUUGUACCCUAUCCUGAUUUGACCCAAAGGAAAUUUACAAUGUCAAAAAUAUUCCUAUCCAUUAAAAAAAAUCAAAUCAAAACAUCCCUCCCAGGUACUCACUAAUAAAGUACUCACUACGAAUGGAGUAAGCUACUCAUGCAAUUGAGUACUAAUUCUACUUUUAGGUUUUUGUAAUUUCCUUUGUGAUGUAGGGAGAGGAAAACAUGUGAUGGUUGAAAAUAAUGAAUGAAUGUCAAUAGAUGAAUAAAUGAUUCUCUAUAAAUGUC